AUGACCACCACUCACCUUCCCUCGAACCCCGAGAAUUACUUUGACUUUGUCAUUGUUGGUGGCGGUACUGCAGGAUGUGUUAUUGCCAGUCGUCUCUCCGACUAUCUUCCCAACAAGAAGGUCCUCCUGAUCGAGGCUGGUCCCUCGGAUUUCAUGGACAACAGAGUUCUGCUUCUCAAGGACUGGUUGAACCUCCUUGGUGGUGAACUCGACUACGAUUACGGCACCACCGAGCAGCCUAUGGGCAACUCCCACAUCCGCCAUUCACGUGCAAAGGUGCUUGGAGGUUGCUCUUCGCACAACACCCUUAUCUCGUUCCGCCCCUUCGAGUACGACUGCAAGCGUUGGGAGGCCCAGGGCUGCAAGGGAUGGAGCUUCAAGACCUUCAUGCGUGUUCUGGACAACAUCAGAAACUCGGUCCAGCCCGUCCACGAGAGGCACCGCAACCAGCUCUGCAUUGACUGGAUCGACUCGUGCUCCACUGCCAUGGACAUUCCCGUCAUCCACGACUUCAACAAGGAGAUCAAGUCCAAGGGUGCCUUGAAGCAGGGCGUUGGUUUCUUCUCCGUCUCGUACAACCCCGACAAUGGCCACAGAAGCAGUGCUUCGGUUGCUUACAUCCACCCCAUCCUCCGUGGUGAUGAGAAGAGACCCAACCUGACCGUUCUCACCAAUGCUUGGGUCAGCAAGGUCAACGUCAAGGGCGAGAAGGUCACCGGUAUCAACGUGACCCUUCAGGACGGCUCUAAGCACAUCCUCAACUCCAAGGCCGAGACCAUUCUCUGUGCCGGUGCCGUCGACACUCCCCGUCUCAUGCUCCUGUCUGGUCUCGGACCCAAACAGCAGCUCGAGGAGCUCAACAUUCCCGUUGUCAAGAACUUGCCCGGUGUUGGAGAGAACUUGCUCGACCACCCCGAGACCAUCAUCAUGUGGGAGUUGAACAAGCCCGUUCCUGCCAACCAGACCACCAUGGACUCUGACGCUGGCAUCUUCCUCCGUCGCGAGGCCCCCGAUGCCAACAAUGGAGACGGCGAUAUUGCAGACAUCAUGAUGCACUGCUACCAAAUCCCCUUCUGCCUGAACACUUCUCGAAACCACAAACUAAUUCGCAAAACAACACCCGCCCUCGACUUCCGCUACUUCACCGACCCAGAAGGCUACGACGCCGCCACCAUCGUCGCCGGCUUCAAGGCCGCCAGAAAGAUUGCCCAACAAGCGCCCUUCAGCGACUGGAUCAAGAGAGAGGUGGCCCCCGGCCCAAAGGUCACUUCCGACGAGCAGUUGUCCGAGUACGGUCGCAGAGCAGCACAUACAGUCUAUCACCCUGCCGGCACCACAAAGAUGGGUGAUGUGAGCAAGGAUGAGUUUGCGGUUGUCGAUCACCAGUUGAAGGUCAAGGGUCUCCAGGGCAUCAGAAUUGCCGACGCGGGUGUCUUCCCUGAGAUGCCUACCAUCAACCCCAUGCUUACUGUGUUGGCCAUCGGUGAGCGCGCUGCUGAGAUGAUUGCCGAGGCUCACGGCUGGAAGGGUAUGGAGAGACAGAAGCUGUAA